GAUGCUGUAUAUCGCGAUCUCUCUUCUUUCUAUAUUUGGUUGCCUCUACUGCAUUUAUGACUGUUUGAAACCAAAAAAUUAUCCACCCGGCCCAUUAUGGCUACCGUUAUUGGGAUGUUUUCUGACGUUCCGAUGGUUACGUUCAAAAUACGGGUAUAUUUACCUGGCUUUUCAAGAAUUGUCACGUACGUAUGGACCGAUAUUAGGAUUGAAGCUUGGAAAUCAAAAAGUGGUAGUGAUUUCAACAUAUGAUCUGGUGAAGAAAGCUCUUCUGCAAGAUGAAUUUAAUAGCCGACCAGACGGAUUUUUCUUCAGAAUACGCUCGUUUGGAAAAAGAAAGGGUGUUUUGUUCACUGAGGGAACCACUUGGUCACAAUGUCGCAAAUUUACCAUGCGACAUUUACGGAUGUAUGGCAUAGGUCAGUCAAUUAUGGAAAAACAAUUGACCAUUGAGGCUCGUAAUCUCGUUAAUUAUUUGCAACGAAUGAGUGAACGUGGUGCGGUGCUAAUGCAUACAGCAUUCGAUGUCGCGGUGCUUAAUUCUCUAUGGUUUAUGAUUGCCGGACACAGAUUUGACUAUGAGAAUGAGAAACUGAACCAAGCACUCAAAGUCGUACACGAUGCUUUCAGAUUAAUGGAUAUCUUGGGUGGGAUAAUGUCACAAAUACCUUUGAUACGUUUCGUGAUCCCGGAAUUAUCAGGAUAUAACGAGCUGAUGAGGAUUCUCGAAAAAUUAUGGAGUUUCCUUGACGAAGAAAUCAAAGUACAUGAGAAGAAACCAUUAGAUGGUCAGCCGCAUGAUCUGAUUGAUGCAUUUCUUUUGGAGAUAUCGAAUAAAAAGGGAGAUAAAGAUACGAUAUUUGAUCGUGAAAAUUUAUUGGUUUUGUGCCUCGAUCUCUUCUUGGCUGGGUCGAAGACAACCAGUGACACUCUAGCUACUACGUUUCUUUUCUUAUCGCUGAAUCUCGAAUGGUUAAAGAUACUUCAAGAGGAAUUGGACAGCGUUGUUGGUAGAUCAAGAGCUCCUACCGAGAAUGACUUGCCAUUUUUGCCAAUGACGGAAGCUUUUUUAGCCGAGGUACAAAGAUAUUUGAUUUUGGCACCACUCGGUGUACCGCAUAGAACUGCAAAGGAUGUCUCUCUAAAUUCAUAUCGAAUACCCAAGGACACUAUUGUUCUCUUUAACUUUCAUAGUGUACACAACGACGAGACGUACUGGGACCAUCCCAAUGAAUUCCGUCCAGAACGAUUUCUAAACGAACAUGGUCAAUUUCGUCGAAACAAUUUUGCUUUACCUUUCGGCUUAGGCAAAAGACGUUGUUUGGGAGAACAACUAGCGCGUUCUACAUUGUUUUAUUUCUUCACUUAUAUUGUACAUUAUUUCGACAUAGAAAUUUCUCCUGAUCACGACAAGCCAGAUUUGAACGGUUACGAUGGUUUCACUUUAUCUCCAAAACCAUAUUACCUUAAAUUCACGAAGAGAGCUGAUCUAAGAGACUAACAAAUGAUGCUGCCAAAUGGAUACAGUGCAUACAGAUACACAUAUAUGAUAACAUUUUCACAUCUAUAAAAAAUAUCGAUUUUGUUGAACUUAUAAAAUAAUGAGUAAAAGUGAACAUUUCAUAGCGUAAAGGUAAUAAACGCUCGUGUCGCUUUGUGCUAUACAGAAUUUGUUCUAUACAAAAAUAAAUUUUUUUAUUAAACAAGUUUAAGCUUAAGCUAAGUUUAAAUAUUCAUAGCUCUUUCUAAACGAUUGUGUUUCUCUACUCUAAGUUAUAGCGCUGCUCGGGAUAAAUAUAUCAAUGUAUAUAUAAACUUACAAAAUUAGUUUUUUAAU